ACCGAAAUAGAAUCCAGGCCCCACCUCAAGCCAUAUCCUGAAAAAGCAAACGCGCUUUUCCGUUCAAAAGUCGUCGUCAUUUCUUUUUCUGUCUGAGUUAUUACACAGUCGUCGCCUUUGGGUCCCUUGGGGGACAUUCCAUAAACAUAAAAGGUCUUCAACGAACAAAGUUGGAGACCUGUGGAAAUAAGAUUAAAAAUCCAAAGCGUGGUGUGUUUAUAGCCAGCAGGCAUUAUUGAUAAUGGGGUGCCGGAGCAGCAAAUCCGCUGAUGCUGCCACAAUUUCGCGAUGGCGUAACACGGGCAUCGUUGCUUUACGCGACUCUAAAUUGAAGACAUUUCCUGAUGAAGUUUUUGACCUGGAAACAUCUGUACGUACCCUCGACUUAACACACAAUAAAAUGGUUGAAAUUCCUAUGGAGAUCAACAAACUAAGUAACUUACAGCGUCUUAUUUUAGCUGAUAACAUUAUUGAGCGUCUUCCCAUGAAUCUGGGAUUGCUUCAGUCUUUGAAAGUGGCAACACUUGAUAGGAACCGGAUCGCAAACUUGCCUGAUGAAUUGGGGCAGUUGGUGAAACUUGAGCGUCUGUCUGUCGCAGCAAACUUGUUGACAAGCUUGCCUAAUACAAUCGGGAGCUUGCGGAGUUUGGUUUUGUUGAAUGUUUCAAACAACAAGUUAAAGUUUCUUCCUGAAUCAAUUGGAAGUUGCUUCUCUUUGGAAGAACUGCAAGCCAAUGAUAACUCCAUCGAAGAGCUUCCUGGUUCAAUUUGCAAUCUCAUUCAACUAAAAUCACUCUGUUUGAACAAUAAUAAACUCAAUCAGAUGCCUCUAAAUUUAUUAAAAGAAUGCAAGGGCUUGCAGAACAUAGCCCUACAUGGCAAUCCCAUCACCAUGGACCAAUUUCAACAAAUGGAAGGAUUUCAAGAAUUUGAAACCAGGCGUAAAAUGAAGUUCGACAAACAAAUUGAUUCAAAUGUGAUAAUCAGUUCUAAAGGACUUGAUGAGGGUGUUGAUUUGUGAUACCACUGCUGCCGUAAUUUUUUGGGUGGAAAUUGGAGGCGUUGAACUAUUUGACUUCGAGGAACGGCUGUUACUGCUGACUCCCAAGAAUAUGCUCAUGCCUUUCUACAGUUCUUCAUGGAAUUGUUAACUAUGACAAACUGGGCAAUGUAUCUAUGCUAAGUUAAGAGUAAUUGUAAAUGGUCUGUAUUUCAAGUGUCCCAAUCACUUUUUUCUUUUUGUAAAAGCUAUGUAUAUAUAUUAACUUAAACCUGGUUAUAGGUGCAAUAAAUAUAUCAGUUUUUAUAACA